AUGUAUCCUGGCCCAUUCAUGUCUGUGGACCCAAAGGCCCGAAUAAAUUGCCACACAGCGAAGCGGGUCAGGGUCGGGUCUCGAGCUGUUUCAAUGGAAAAGGACGACGGGAGGAGAGAAGCUGCGAUAGGAUCAGCACCAUCUCUACAACCCAAUUUCACCAAUAAAAAUGGUGUCAACAAUGCUCAAAUUUCCAAAUUUCAAGAGUUGCACAGAAGACGCUUAAAAAUAAAAGCAAAAUCUAAGGUCAAGGAUAAAUCAAAAGGAACUCUUGUCUCCACUAAAAAGUAUAAUGGUGAAGAUGUCAAUGCUAAAUGCAAGGAGAUCACAGAUGAAAACUCAAUAGAAACAGCUAAAGAUCCGAGAAUUACUUUGUCAAUAAGCAGUACAGCAGACCUUUCAUCCUCUCAAGAAGACAACACACUGUCAAGAAAGCAGCAGAAGUUGCAUUGGGGGCUCGACACCAAGGAGAGAUGGGAAAGGAAAUCCAAUAUGUAGAGAUAUCAGCAUCUGAAUAUGGAAUGCUGCUAUCUUGCUAGACAUCUCCAAGGAAGGC